AUAUCAACAGUUUAAUUUUAAACUUUAAACAAACAAUUCCCCUAAAUCACCAAAAUGUUCAAAUUUGUCGCUGUUUUUGCCUUAGUUGUUGUAGCCUCUGCUGCUCCUGGUUUCGUAUCGGAAAGCCAUCACUCCUUUGUACAACCUGCUGUUUUAACUAAAACUGCUGUUGUUGAUACCAGUGCAUCCUCGGCCAUAACCCAUCAAAGUUUCACCAAUUUGGAGAAAAAAGUACCAGUUGUCCAUAGCUAUGCUGCUGCUCCUGUUGUAAAAACGGUUUCCUAUGAAUCAGCUCCCGUAGUAAAAUCAGUUUCUUACUCUGCUCCGGUAGUAAAAACUGUUGCUCCCGUUGUUCACAGUUAUGAAUCAGCACCUGUAGUAAAAUCAGUUUCUUACUCUGCUCCUGUAGUAAAAACUAUUGCUCCUGUUGUCCAUACAUAUGAAUCUGCUCCCGUAGUUAAAUCUGUUUCUUAUGCUGCUGCUCCCGUUGUAAAAUCUGUUCACACUUAUGAAUCUGCUCCUGUAGUUAAAACUGUUUCCUAUAGCGCUCCUGUUGUGAAAACUUUUGUUUCCUCCCCCGUUACAUACACCAAAUUGCAUCAUUAAAAGUUGUUUUUAAUAAACCCUGUUAGCAAAUGUGAUAUAUUUAGUUAACGAUUUGAAAUAAAGAGAUUUUUUUUUA